AUGGCAUUUAAAGAAUGUUUUGGUGAUGUUGAUUGUGCAGUUCCUGCUAGUAGCAUACAGGAAGUGUUUGGUCGUCUGACGGUCCCAUAUGUGGAAAAGGAAUUCAAGUUUGAUCCCAUGUGGAGAGACAGCAUGCCGGAUCACUUGGAGUUACCUUCAUACGUGCAGCCUUCGGUUCCUAUAAGUAGCAUAGAGGAAGUUUUUCGUUUUCUGAUGCUAUCAUGUGUGGAGGAGGAAUUCAAGAUUGAUCCCAAAUGGACACACACCAAGGCGAAAAAAAUGGAGCCACCUUCCUAUGUGCAUAUUACGCGUAAUAUAUACCGUGUAAAAAAGAAGGGUUAUGAUGUAGAUCAAAGCACCGGAUGCACUAGUUGCUCUGACAUAUGCUAUGAAGAUUGUAUAUGCAGAUAUCUGCAUAUUACCUGCACAAGUGCCUGUGAGUGUUCAGAAAACUGCACAAACAGACCAUUCCAAGAAGAUAAAAAGGUUCAAGUUGUUAUGACUCCACAUUGUGGUUGGGGUGUAGAAGCCGUGGAAUUAAUCGAUGAAGGUGAUUACAUCAUUGAGUAUGUUGGAGAAGUAAUUAAUGAUGCUUUAUGUGAGAAGAGGUUUUGGGACAUGAAGGGAAAAGGUAUCACCAAGUUCUAUAUGGUCGCAGUCCGAAAAGACUUCAACAUUGAUGCAAGAUUCAAGGGGAAUGAAUCGCGUUUUAUAAAUCACAGCUGUGAUCCUAAUUGUACCAUGGAAAAAUGGGAUGUCAAUGGGGAGACUCGUCUUGGUAUCUUUGCUGCUAAAACAAUCGAACCCAGAGAAGAACUAACAUUUGAUUAUGAAUACGAGAUGUAUGGUCCUGAUGAAGUAGUGUGCCAUUGCGGUGCUACAAAUUGUCAUGGAUAUCUUGGUACUAAAAGGUCAGACGCACGCGGGUGAUUGUGUCACAAGAGCAGCUACUAAUUGAGCAAUUGUUGACAAUGUCUUCAACCCAACUAAGUUUUUUCAAGGUUACACAUGUUAUCUACUGGUUUUUACACCAUGAAUGUGUAUGUUACAUUGAUAAAUACUGUAAAAUAUGAUUGACUCACUUGGAAGCUUUUGACUCACUUGCAAACCCAAGUUUCACAUAUAAAUUUUUUUUUCA